AUGAGAAAACUAUAUGGAGAUGUCUUCCUCAUCAAACUGGGCAUGAUGCCUAUAGUUGUUGUGAGUGGUUCUGACACAGUAAAAAAGGUACUCAGUAAACAAGGGGAGCAUUUUGCAAACAGGCCAGAAUUCUAUUCUUUUUCUCUGCUGGCAAAUGGACAAAGUAUGACAUUUUCAGAGAAGUACAGUGAAGCCUGGAAAGUACAUAAGAAGAUAAUGAAAAAUGCUUUAAGGUCUUUUUCAAAAGAAGAGGCCAGUUCAUCAAACUGCUCUUGUCGUCUUGAAGAAUAUAUUACUGCUGAAGCUUCAGAACUUGUUAACAGCAUGACACAACUGGCAGCAAAUCAGGGAAGUUUCAACCCUCUCCCUCUUGUAACAAUUACUGUUGCUAAUGUUGUGUGUGCUUUGUGUUUUGGUAAGAGAUAUAAUCAUCAUGACAAAGAGUUUCUCCAAAUCAUUGAACUAAAUGAUGACCUCCAAAGAUUAUCUGGGGCUGGACUCCUGGCAGAUUUUAUCCCAGUUUUAAAAUAUUUUCCAUCAUCUGCCUUAAAUGAGCUGAAGAAAUUUAUAAGAGCUUUGAAUGAUUUUAUAGCUAAAUCUGUACAAGAUCACUAUGAGUCACACAAUGAGAAUAAUAUCAGAGAUAUAACAGAUGCCCUUAUCCAGCUCUGCAGUAACAGAAACACUGUGGAUAAACAUCAGAAACUAACUGAUGAACAGAUCAUAAUCACUGUGAAUGACAUAUUUGGUGCAGGAUUUGACACCAUAUCCUCUGGACUGCUGUGGUGUAUGUUGUACUUAUUGAAGUAUCCAGAGACACAAGAUAAAAUUCACAAGGAAAUAGAUGAAAAUAUUGGAAUCAGCAGAUCACCAAGAUUUGAUGAUAGGAAAGUUUUGCAUUACACAGAAGCAUUUAUCAAUGAAGUCAUGAGACAUGCAUCAUUUGUACCGUUUACGAUUCCACACUGUACUACCAUGGACACAACACUGAAUGAUUGUUUUCUUCCAAAAAAUACUUCAAUAUUUGUAAAUAUGUACCAAGUAAACCAUGAUCCGACAAUAUGGAAAGAUGCUGACCUAUUCAUCCCAGAAAGGUUCCUUGAUGAAGCUGGACAUAUUGAUAUAAAAGUCUAA